AAAUACUUUACUUAGUAAGAAAUCAAAGAAUCAGAGUAAUAAUGCCAAAAAGGAGAGAAAAUCAUAUUGUUAUGCUAACAAAAGAUUGCACUUCAGUAUUUAUAAGUACUAUACGCGUUACGUAAUAAUGUCUUCUCUGUAGAAACUGUUCAACUCUUGUAUCUGUGUAUUUCGUGUGAGCACUUGCCAGUUUGAAGUUAUGGUUGGAGAUAAACCAACUACGAGUGAUGCACUUGACUAUCUAAAGAUUGUGAAGAAAACAUAUCAAGAUAAACUUGAAGUAUACAUGUCCUUUCUUGAGGUGAUGAAGGACUUCAAAGCUCAGAGAACGGAUACGUAUGGUGUCAUAUUAAGAGUAAAGGAACUCUUAAAGGGGGAAAAAGAACUGCUUUUGGGGUUUAAUAUGUUUUUGCCAAAAGGUUUUGAGAUAACCAUUGAAGGUGACCAAACUCUACCAGAUGUUGACUUUGACAAGGCAAUUAGUUAUAUGAAGAAGAUCAAGACAAGGUUUCAGGGGAAUAAUAUGCAUGCGUACAUCUGUUUUUUGGAUAUCUUGAACAUGUACAAGAAGGAGAAGAAAAACAUAAUUGAAAUCUACGAUGAGGUGGCUGUUCUUUUCCGGGACCAUCAAGAUUUGCUCGCGGAAUUUGCGCACUUUCUCCCUCGUUAUAGAUAAAAGAUGGUAUUAUAGAGAAUGGUGAUUCAUGUAUGCAAUGAAGCCAUGUAGUAGUUUGAGCCAUCCUAUCUCCUAUCUGCUUUCCAUCUUGUUGACUCUAUAUGCAAUUAUUAUAGGAAUCACUACACCAGAACUUCCAAGA